AACAGGGCACUGCAUGCAUGGGACAGGAUGCUUUCAUGGAGCCCUUCGGUGACACACUUGGGGUCUUUCAGUGCAAAAUAUACCUCCUUCUCUUCGAUAUUGUUGCAAACUGUUUACUGUUUUAAGUUUUCUGUCUCAUCUUAUGAAAUAUGGAACAAAGGUGCUUGCUCAGGGCUGAAGGUGACAGUGCCAUCACACACUGUCCAUGGCGUCAGAGGUCAGGCCCUCUACCUACCCGUCCACUAUGGCUUCCACACUCCAGCAUCAGACAUCCAGAUCAUAUGGCUAUUUGAGAGACCCCACACGAUGCCCAAAUACUUACUGGGCUCUGUGAAUAAGUCUGUGGUUCCCGACUUGGAAUACCAACACAAGUUCACCAUGAUGCCACCCAAUGCAUCGCUGCUUAUCAACCCACUACAGUUCCCUGAUGAAGGCAAUUACAUCGUGAAGGUCAACAUUCAGGGAAAUGGAACUCUAUCCGCCAGUCAGAAGAUACAAGUCACGGUUGAUGAUCCUGUCACAAAGCCAGUGGUGCAGAUUCAUCCUCCCUCUGGGGCUGUGGAGUAUGUGGGCAACAUAACCCUGACAUGCCAGGUGGAAGGGGGCACUCGGCUAGCUUACCAAUGGCUAAAAAAUGGGAGACCUGUCCACACCAGCUCCACCUACUCCUUUUCUCCCCAAAACAAUACCCUUCAUAUUGUUCCAGUGACCAAGGAAGACAUUGGGAAUUACAGCUGCCUGGUGAGGAACCCUGUCAGUGAAAUGGAAAGUGAUAUCAUUAUGCCCAUCAUAUAUUAUGGACCUUAUGGACUUCAAGUGAAUUCUGAUAAAGGGCUAAAAGUAGGGGAAGUGUUUACUGUUGACCUUGGAGAGGCCAUCCUAUUUGAUUGUUCUGCUGAUUCUUAUCCCCCCAACACCUACUCCUGGAUUAGGAGGACUGACAAUACUACAUAUAUCAUUAAGCAUGGGCCUCGCUUAGAAGUUGCAUCUGAGAAAGUAGCCCAGAAGACAACGGACUAUGUGUGCUGUGCUUACAACAACAUAACCGGCAGGCAAGAUGAAACUCAUUUCACAGUUAUCAUCACUUCUGUAGGACUAGAGAAGCUUGCACAGAAAGGAAAAUCAUUGUCACCUUUAGCAAGUAUAACUGGAAUAUCACUAUUUUUGAUUAUAUCCAUGUGUCUUCUCUUCCUAUGGAAAAAAUAUCAACCCUACAAAGUUAUAAAACAGAAACUAGAAGGCAGGCCAGAAACAGAAUACAGGAAAGCUCAAACAUUUUCAGGCCAUGAAGAUGCUCUGGAUGACUUCGGAAUAUAUGAAUUUGUUGCUUUUCCAGAUGCUUCUGGUGUUUCCAAGAUCCCAAGCAGGUCUAUUCCAGCCUCUGAUGGUGUAUCAGGGCAAGAUUUGCACAGUACAGUAUAUGAAGUUAUUCAGCACAUCCCUGCCCAGCAGCAAGACCAUCCAGAGUGAACUUUCAUGGGCUAAACAGUACAUUCGAGUGAAAUUCUGAAGAAACAUUUUAAGGAAAAACAGUGGAAAAGUAUAUUAAUCUGGAAUCCAUGAAGAAACCAAGACCAACACCUCUUACUCAUUACUCCUUUACAUGCAGAAGAGAGGCAUUUAUGCAAAUUGAACUGCAGGUUUUUCAGCAUAUACACAAUGUCUUGUGCAACAGAAAGACGUGUUGGGGAAAUAUUCCUCAGUGGACAGUCUUUCUUAUGCUGACGGGGAGAACGAAAAUGACGGGGGUUUCCUCAUUACUUUUGUAUGAAAUAUCUCUACAAACCUCAAUUAUUUCUACUCUAUACUUUCACUAUCAUCAACACUGAGACUAUCCUGUCUCACCUACAAAUGUGGAAACUUUACAUUGUUAGAUUUUUCAGCAGACUUUGUUUUAUUAAAUUUUUAUUAGUGUUAAGAAUGCUAAAUUUAUGUUUUGAUUUUAUUUCCAAAUUUCUAUCUUGUUAUUUGUACAACAAAGUAACAAAGUAAUAAGGAUGGUUGUCACAAAAACAAAACUAUGCCUUCUCUUUUUUUCAAUCACCAGUAGUAUUUUUGAGAAGACUUGUAAACACUUAAGGAAAUGACUAUUAAAGUCUUAUUUUUAUUUUUUUCAAGGAAAGAUGGAAUCGAAUAAAUUAUUCUCUUUUUGCUUUUAUGUGGUCUUAAUUCUUUGUCUUGUAGAGUAAAAUAUUGCAUAAAAAUCGGA